CAUGUGCAGAUGGUACAUAUACAUGGAAAGUCUGAUCAACUCACAUAGGUUUUCCCUGAGAUCACAAAACAGUUCAGACAACACUUUCCUCCAUAAAUGUGCACAUGAUGUCCUAUAUCCAGCACAGUGUACCUGCAUAUGAUUUCAGUUUUUUACACUUAGUGUUCUGAAUAAGACAGCAAAGUAAUGAAAUCUGCAAGCUCCUCCCCAUGAACUUUGGAAAGAUUUUUGUUUUAUGUCAGCUUAACAGUCAGAUGUUCCCUUUUUCUCGUGUCAGCUACAGACAGAACAUCACAGAAGUGAGUAUGUGACUCUACAAAGAAAUGCAGCUCUAAUUUCAUGGUUGAAUAAAAUACACACUGAUAGGAUGAUGCCAAUGACGAGUGUUGUUUAGUGAAUGGUUGGUAAACAAUAUUUAUUUUGGAUGAUUAAUUUAAGUUUUUUUGGACUUUGCAGAUUAUUGUGGAGGGUAAAUUUAGUAACAGUUUGUUAACUUUGUGCUCCUCACCUGUGUGCGGUCAUGGGAUUUGCAGCAGAUUAACAAAGCUUCAUUUCUUAUUGCUUCACAGUCUCAACAUGGUGUGCGAUGGAAAUCCGUUUGAGCAUUUAUUCCAUAUCCGUCAUUUUCCUCCACUAGUUCGGUUAGGUCGCAGUUGUUCAGCAUUUUGUCUCACUAGUUGAGCAAAAACUCUUACUAAGUCACUUCUUUCAGCAACUAGUAGAACUUUUGUUUAACUAGUUCCAACAGAAGCCUUACUAGUUAUGCCAGGUGCUGCACUAGUAGUACCAAACUCCAAACUAGUCAGCUUUUUCACUAGGUGCCCUCUGGACCAAACUAGAGAUGCUGAAAGUCUUACUAGUUAACUAUUGAGCUGCCAAAGCUCUGACGUGUUAACUAGAAGCAUCUGUUCACCUCACUAGUUAACUAAAUACCUACACUUGUCUACACAAGUUAACUAGUGAAACCCAAAAUGCUCACUAUGUAACUAGUUGGAGUGUAUUUUGACUUUACUAGUUAUCUAGUGAGGCUACAAGUGUUUACUACUUAACUAGUGACAGUGAUGUUUUCCUCACUAGUUAAGUAGUGGAAGAAAUUUUGUUGCAUUAGUCAGGUUGACUGGCGGGAAGUCUCAGUUUUAUAACCUCUUGACAUCAACCUCCAACCUUGCCUUCAACUCUUACUGGAUAACUAGUGCACUGAAAAAUAUUAACUAGUGUGACAAGAAGCCGAACAUGUUAAACAAAUUUCUCUCUAGUUGAAGCACAGUUACUCACUAGUGCUGAGCAAGGCUCAGCUAGUUAAAGGAAAGACCAAACGUGAGUGUAAUGUCCAACACUUUCGGUUGAAGUCUUUAUAUGUUCGGUACAGAGUCUGACCAGUGAGACAAAAUGUCUUCCACUAGUUAACUAGUGAGGAAAACAUGAGUGUGUUCAGCGCUAGAAAGGGACCCAAAUGCAGGACACGGACAGAGUGAGGCUGGUCCAGGGUGGCCAGGGCCACCCCUGAAAUCUCUUUGGCCACCCCUGUGGCUGCUCCAUAUCUGAUAGGCAGUUGGUCAAGUUCAUCCACACAAUAAGGUGGGACAUACACUGGUUAAUCAGUGAGUACAGCUGAUCCGCUGAUAUAGGGCCAGUUUGCCAUUUCCAACUACAGAAACAGUAGGACUGAGGCUGUGAAACCUGAUCUCUGGUCAGUGGAUUUUUGAACAUGAGAAAAAAGCAGUACUUUAAAAAAUUCUGAAGUACUUGAACACGCCACAGCUGCAUUCACGUGCUGGUCGUCAGACCAAGGACUCAGGACUUCGGUCACAUUGACGACAAAUGGACAAAAGCUGGCAUCUAUCGAUUUAGAGGUAUGGUCAUUUUAAGUUUAGUUCUGUUUCCCUCUGAAUGUGUGAAAACUUUAUCUAGCAGUUAGCAGCAGCUAAAUGUUAACUACACAGUGCUAGCUUGCCAGCCUGACUGCAAACCAACUAGCAGUUAGCAUUUUGUUUUGCUAUUAUUAUCUAGAUACUGCUAUGAAAUAUGAAAUGUUGUUUUUUCUGAAUUGAAGACUGAAGGUGUCUAAAAGCUUUUUGCAUUUGUGUUUAUUUAAUACACUUAUAGUAUGCAGUUAGCAAACAGGUGUGUGAAAUAGAAAAGAACAAAUGAAAAAAUCAAAUUUCAGUAUAAUUUCCAAACAAAUGUAUCAAAGCUAAAAAAAAUGUAAAGACAGGUGUUUACUGUUUUCCUUACAAGCUUAUUUAUAUGUUCUGCUUAAAAAUAAAAUUUUAAAUAAAGCCUAUCUGUUAUUAUUUAGCUUUGAUAAGGAAUGGCUCUUAGAAAAUGUAUAGCCUAUCCUGAACAUAAUUACUGAUUAAAAAUAAACAUGUUAAAAUAACCACAGCUUCUCAGAUACUUGGAAGUGGAAUAGAAAACUGAAUAGAAUGGUAGCUGCAUGUUUGUGCUCUUCUAUGUUGUAAUAUCAAUUUUAGUUGUUGUGGGUGGUCAGCAUGGCACUUUUAGUGCUGUAUUAAAAAAAGGAAAAACCUGGCCUUGAAUACAAACAUGACAAUGGAGGCUACCAUGAGUUUUUGAAUUCAAUUAUGAUUAAUCUGUGCAUAGAUUGAAGCAAUGUGAUGCACUGAACAUCUGCAUUUACACAUUUUGAUCACCUGCCAUUCAUAAAGGUUUGCCAUGCCAUGGCCGUCCCACACUAGCUCUGUGUCCCAUCUUGGCCACCCCAGUCAAAAUGUGCUGGAUACGCCACCGAUGCAGGGCUGAUGAAGGGUUGGGUGUGAGUCUGGAAUGAGGGGGAGGCGUGAGUGGCAGCAGUGGGUUUUAGCUUGAAGUCAACUGGCGAGCAGGCCGUGAAGCGGGCUGGGAGACUGAAUUUACACAAUUCAGUACAGAUUCUCAAAAUCAAAAUAAAAAAUAUUUGGCUGAAAAUAAAAAGAGAUCUUAUUCCUACACACACAAAAUAAUGUAUUUGAAUAAAAGGUGUGCAAUUGAAAUGGAAAAUCCACAGCCCCUGGGUUAAUUCUGCAGGACACAGAGGUCAAAUGUCUGGUGAUGUUUGGUGAUGACCUGGUUCUCCUGUCCCCCUCCAUAGAGGGCUAACAGCAGAGCGUGGACAUGCUCACACAGGUCAGUCAAACAUGGGCACUAACUGUAAAUAUGGAAAAGGCCAAAGUACUGACCUUUCCUGAAUGAUCAAAUUCUCUGAAAAAAAAAUUCACACUGAGCUGCAAAUAGCUCAGAUGCGCAAUUCAGCAACAUUACAGGACCAGCCACACCAUGUGGCCAGUUUAUGGGGGAUACUUGCUGGACUGAUUCAGGGCAGCUAUGGCUCUGGGAAAGUCUGGAGAUGCAGGUGUAGAUGGCUGAGUGUGUGUGGAGUAUUCACAGAUGCUGACAGCUUGUUUUCUGAGGCGGCAUGAGCAGUAAAUGUCCUACAGGAGUGGGAGCUGUAUCUUCUGUGCACUGGAGACAACCUGCUGAAGAGCUUCCCUAUCAGCUGCUGUGCAGCUGAGAUACAAAACAGAGAUGCAGUAUGUUAGGAUGCUCUCGAUGGUUCAGCAGUAGAAAAUCACCAGCUACUGUAUGGGAAGACCAGCUUUCUUCAGUGUCUUCAGAAAAAACAGCCAUUGCUGUGCUUUUUUAACCAGUGCAGUGGUGUGAGUGGUGUGACCAUGUGAGGGCCUCUGAGAUGUGAACAACCAGAAACCUGCAGCUAGAUACUCUCUCCACUCGGUCUCCGUUGAUGAAGAUUGGAGCAUACUCAUUCUUUUGUGAUCUUUUGAAGUUGAUGAUUAGCUCCUUGGUCUUUGCGUUAUUGUGAGCACCAGCUCACCAAUUUCUGCACCUCUACUGUAUAGGCUAUUUAAUCGUUGUUGAAGAUCAACCUAAUCACCGUUGUGUCAUUGGCAAACUUUAAGUUUGUGAAUGCAAGAACAUAGUCAUGUAUAAAGAGGGAGUAGAGGACAGGGCUCUACUCACACAAAUCCCUGUGGUGUGCCACAAGUCCUUGUGGUAUGCCAGUUGUGUGUGAAGAGGGAGUAGAAGAGGAUGUGGCCCAACCUCAUGGUUAUAGAGGAGGACAGGAGGGGGCAUAGUUUCCUGCCAGAGGAUGCUCUGACAGGAAGUUCAGGAUCUAAGCUAAGCUAAGCCUAGCUGGUGGAGUUUGGAGGUGAGCCUUGGAGAUGAGUGAAAAAAGUCUGCUGUCUGAAAAUACCAAAGAUAUGUUUGAUGUCUGGAUCAUGCUUUUUCUCCUCCUGUCAGGGGGGAGGGCGUUCAUGAUCCACAACACCCAGCGCAUGCUGUGUCUGGAGGACUCAGCUGCUACAGGUGAAGUCCUGCUUAAGAAGUGCAACCUGGACUCAGAGUAUCAACAGUGGGUCUGGUUCGCUCAGGGCAUGCUGAUGUGUGUUGCAUCAUCCAGAUGUUUGUCGGCCCAGCAGACAGACCAAGUCCAGACCUGGUCCUGCCAGGGGUCGGAGGUGGAUGUUGCAGGGUUAAUGUGGGACUGUAACAGGGACAGACUGAUCAGCAGGAACACGUCAAUGCUGCUGUCACUACAUGGCAAGCAUCUGAUUCUGACUUAUGACAGCAAAUACUCAAAGUGGAGAUCUCUGGAUGAGGGGGACAUCUGCCAGGAAAAACUCAGAUUUAGGAGGGCAUCUGAUGAUCCAGAUGAGUUUGAGGUUGCAGAGGAGCAGGCAGGCAAGAUGGCAGCCAUGACGGAGGAACAGAGAGAGUAUCUCCACUGGUACUAUCGCACAGAGGAUUCGACCACAUGGAAGUUUGUGCUGCUAGGACUGGCCUUCAUUUGCCUUCUUGUUGGUUUUCUGCUGCUGGGAAUGGGAGCCAUGGCCAACAAGAACAGAAAAAAGAUAGCUAAUUACAAGGUAGCAGCGUCACUGGCUCAGAAGAGUGGAGAUGAUGAACUGCACAUCAUCUCACCACUCAGAGAUGACAGCAGCAAACCACCACCAUCAUCUCCUGACAGGCUGCUGCUGGGAAACAAACCCUCCUCAUCCAACGGAGAGGUGAAUGAGCUCAGAGCAGGCAACAUUGUGGUUACAUGGAAAGAUGGCAACACCUCUUGCCUGUACUCAAAUCCUGAAGCACAGGAGGAGGAACAGGAGGGGAAACAGGAGGAGGAACAGGAGGAGAAACCAGAGGUGGUGUCAGCUGCUGAGCUGUAGUCUCACAACAAAGUCAAAACAAUGGAGUGAAAAAUUCAGAUAACAGAUUGAAUGUACAGUGAAUAAUCUCAGCCUGUGACACAAUUACCUGUGGAAGCCUAUGGGGGACUAUAUUAAAAUGACCAUGUAAACUUGAAAAAUGAAAAUGUAAUUCCAAAAUAGCAUUAUAAUUUUCCACAGUUAUUUGUUAUUUGAGUAAAAAAUGAAAUAAAUAUGCAAUACUCCAAUUUGCCUUUUUAUUUUCACAUACACUUAUGUGCAUUCUAUGACCAUAUAAAAAUAAAAAUGGAAAAGCUGUUUGACAUUUAAUUUUAAAAGUUGUACAAUGCCGUACAGUGGGCAAUAUUCAAAUGUUAAUUAAAGAUGUAAUAUAUAUGUGAAUAUUCACUUACUGAAAUACUCCAUCUAAGCAUGUAACUCAUGUAACUAAGAAAGUGAAUUAACGUAUUCCCCAAAAUGUUAAAAUCGUCCUUUAAUUCGAUAAGAAGCUAAUAAACUAAGAUGCAGUCCAGAUGUGUGUCACUAUGUUUGGCUGCCGAUUAUGAACUAAUAAAAUGGCUACUGGAAAAACCUCCACUGCAAUGGUUUUCUUUAAGAUGUUGAGGACGCUACAGGGGGGGUCACCUUGCGGUAUCUUUCAAAUCAAGACAACACAACAAGACCCAAAACUAAUUAGAUUAUUAGCUUCAUAUCAGGAUCACUGUUACAACACUGUGAGGAAGUUAUUCACAUGGAGCCUCAUUAAAGCUUUGAUAUAAACUGAUCUCCUGUUUGUCUCCAGUAGUUCAAAGAAGUGAUCCAUUCAGAAUAUUUGGGAUCUUUACCAACUUUUAACAUGAACUAAGAUUAAUCAUUGACCUGUUUUUUGUUAAUGAUACCACCUCUUAUGUAUGUGUUGAUGAGUGUAGAUUGAAUCAUGUCUCCCCCUGUUCGCUCCAUCUGCCUACAACAUUCAAACAUCAGUAAAUCAUCAAUAAUCAAGUGCCAAAAUUGGCAGACAACAACAAAGUAUUUUGAGCUCAGAUUCACAAUUGAACGGUGGAUUAUCAUCAGAUUUAAUGUCCAUCCAUGUUCCCCUCAGAAUGAACGGAAAUAACUUUGGAGACUUUUCCAACUUUUCAUCUACCACCAUCAUCAGGUCAACAUUUUAAUUCGUCCUAUACUUUGGUUUAUGAUCAGAUACCUGCAAAACUAAUGACAUUCCCAUCAGCUUCAACUGGAUUUUGUGUUUACUGCUGGCAAAUACUAGCAUGCUAGGAUGCUAAACUAAGAUAAUGAACAUGGUCAACUUUAUAUCUGCUAAACAUCAACACGUUAACUUUGUCUCCGAGGUCAACUUUCCUCCACAAACACAUAUAGAACACAGAAAGAUAUAGAAGAUUUACUCAAACUUGUUUCGUCUCUCUCCGCAACAAGACGUAGCUUAAAUAAUGUUAUUGCUUUUAUAUUAUAGAUUUUUAUGAUCAAAAAAAAAAUUCAUAUACUGAGAGGCGCCUGAAUCUGAAGUUUGUUUUGUCUGUUUGUAUGCAAUAUGUCAGUCUGGUCUGUUUUCGUAUUUCAUUUGGUAUUUCAACUGGUAUUUCUUCACCUGUCUUGUCUGACUUGAAGAUCUGUCUUCUUACCCUU